UCCUGGAUUAAAUGUUUGUGGACGGCAUCCAUGAGCAUUAUCGACUCUGAUGAGGCUGAUGGUUUGCUGCGACAGCGGCUUGCCACUCUUGAAGCGCGACAAGAUCGGCAUGUCGGUGAACGACGAAGAGAUCGAUCGUGUGCUGCCAGAGGGUGGCAAAAAUUCAUUCAGGCUGCGGUGGCCUUCUUUGACACAGAGAGCCGUGGACACGAAGAUCCAUUGGUGGAAACAGUUCGGCAGCAGCCAGUAGCAGCUUUGCGCUUCAUGCGCAUCAUGCUAGUCUCUGGAAGUUUUGGCAGCUUGGUUGUAUGUGCCCUUUGUUGGAUCUUCCUUUACUUUUUUUGGUCCAGCAGUUGCAGCUGUCAGCGCCCCUUGAGGUGGUGGCUGCUGCUCUAUGUGAUCCUUCAGCAAUUGCAGUUGCCAAUACGCUUUGUGACAUGGCGGCGCGUUCACCGCCUUCCUCUGAACAUGGCGGGCAAUGUCGAGCUGCAGGCAGAAGUGCAGCGCUUUACUUCUUCUUUGGCUUGGCGUUGGAGCAAAAACAUUUCGCUCUUCACGUACGGCUGGUUUGUUUUGGGCAUUGUUUGGGUCUUGAACUCUGACUUCGAGUCUUGCAUGGAAACGCACAGGAUGACUGUGGCCGUGAUUGGUCAGGCCUUUGCCCGAGCUGUCGGCGCCAUGCUCUGCUUCCGCAUGUGCUUGGAGGCCCAUGUUCCAGAAGGUCCUCCAAAGGUUGAGGCUGCGCGUUCUGAAGAGAUCUACGCCUUGCAAGUUCUAGCGUUCAGGUCUGAGAUGGCCCAAAAGCAUGCGACUUGUGCAGUGUGUCUGUGUGACUAUGUUGAGGGCGAAGUCUUGCGAAGGCUGCCAUGUGGACACCUGUUCCACCGACGUUGCGCGGAUGAGUGGCUACAGAGAAGCUGUCGCUGUCCUCUAUGUGUUCAAAGCAUUCGGGACUUCAGAAUCUGAGUUCCCAUCAGCACCUCCUUCAGGGAGUGCUGAAAACCCUGCAACCGAAAGCGAAUUCGUUUGGAAAACCUGGCCUCUUUAGCGACCGAAGGUAGCGAGCAGCUUAAGCAGCUUUCUCU